AUGGAUGACCUUCCUCCAGAGCAUGUCAAUGCUAGCAACGCAGGCCGAAUCGUCGGCGUUGUCGGCGUAUUCCACCUCUUCGCCUUGACGUUCGUCUCCUUGCGGAUCUACGCCCGGCUGUUCAUCCUCAGGGCUUUCGGGGCGGAAGAUGCGCUCAUCAUCGUCGCCGUUAUACCCUACGGCCUUGGACGGCAUGGCCUGACGAUUCCGACGGAAGACCGCAUCGACUUCGAACGCAUCACAUUCUGGAAGACGGUACUAUCUGAUGGUGUUGCCAUGGGUCUACUGAGAAUUUCUAUGGCGAUUAGUUUGCUGCGGCUCAAGAAGGACCUUAACUGGUAUCGAUGGUCGCUGUACGCUUUGAUAGGUGAUUUGGCUUUUUGCCAUUGA